GCAGUAGCUACAAUAGCAGUAUCAUGCAAGUCUUUUCGUUAUCAUUGAGGGCCAACAGCGCGCCGUGUAGUUCGUAGAGCUUCAGACACUGCGGUGGCAGUGACGAAGCUUUCCAUAGAGUUGUUUUAAAGACAGCUGAUUCAUCUGGCCGUUGUUGACUGUGUGUCGAUCCGUGAGCUUCAGAAGGAGUCCAUACUUAAUCUUGUCCUCCGACUUUUCGUGGUGGAAUGCAGAUCUUUGUUAAAACCCUGACCGGCAGAACAAUCACACUUGAAGUCGAACCCAGCGAGACAAUUGCAACUGUCAAGGAAAAGAUCUGCGACAAGCUACUCACCGAGACUAAAAGGAUGAGCUCGGCCAAAGAGAUCCGUUCCAAGUUUAUCGCAUUUUUCCGGGACAAAUACGCACAUACAGAGGUUCCGUCAUCGUGCGUUAUUCCACAUGACGACCCCACGCUGCUAUUCACAAAUGCUGGCAUGAACCAGUUCAAGCCGAUUUUUCUUGGUACUGUUGAUCCUUCGACUGAGGCUGCUAAGUGGAAGCGCACUGUCGACACCCAGAAAUGUAUACGUGCCGGUGGUAAACACAACGACCUUGAUGAUGUUGGCAAGGACGUAUACCAUCACACUUUUUUCGAGAUGCUUGGAAAUUGGUCGUUUGGUGACUACUUCAAAAAAGAGAUCUGCGCAUGGGCUUGGGAGUUGCUGACGAAAGAAUACGGCUUAGCCGAGGAUCGCUUAUAUGUAACUUACUUCGGUGGCAAUAAGGACGCCGACCUUGAGCCUGAUGAGGAGUGCAAGAACAUCUGGAAGGCACUCGGCCUUCCUGAAAAUCGCAUACUUCCAGGUAAUAUGAAAGACAAUUUUUGGGAAAUGGGUGAGACGGGUCCAUGCGGGCCGUGCUCGGAGAUCCACUACGAUCGCCUUGGUGGACGUAAUGCCGCCCAUCUGGUCAACAUGGACGACCCUGAUGUGCUCGAGAUUUGGAACCUCGUGUUCAUUCAGUUCAAUCGUGAAAGCGACGGUAAGCUUAAGCCUUUGCCAAAAAAGCACGUCGACACAGGCAUGGGCCUCGAACGUCUUGUCUCAGUUAUUCAGAACAAGCGUGCCAACUACGACACCGAUCUAUUCGUGCCUAUAUUCGAAGCUAUCCAAAAGGCUACGGGGGUGCGAGCUUAUACGGGUAAGGUUGGCGAUGAUGAUACGGAUGGCAUUGACAUGGCUUAUCGCGUACUGGCUGACCACGCACGCACGCUUUCCAUCGCCCUCAGCGACGGAGGUCAUCCCGAUAACGUGGGCCGGGGCUAUGUACUACGUCGCAUUCUCAGACGUGCCGUUCGUUAUGCCACAGAGAAGAUGGGAGCUCAGCCGGGUAUGUUCGCUGGUUUAGUGCCCGUUGUGGUCGAGAUUCUGGGAGACGUUUUCCCGGAAUUACGUAAAGAUCCCGAAGGAAUCAUGGAAAUCAUCAACGAGGAAGAAGCUCAGUUUCUCAAGACUCUGUCGAGAGGUCGUCGCCUGCUGGAAAAAUCCAUAUCGAAGCUGGAAAGAAAAGCUUUGCUGCCGGGAGAAGUGGCAUGGCGUUUGUAUGAUACGUACGGUUUUCCGGUCGAUCUUACCCAGUUGAUGGUAGAAGAAAAGGGCAUCUUCGUUGACAUGGUUGCCUACGAAAAAGCCAAACAAGCAGCUCAACUGGCUUCGCAGGGAGGCGGAGAUAGAGCUGACGACACGUCCAAGCUGGAUGUGCAUGCAAUCGCUGAGUUACAGGACCAGAAGAAAGUCCCUGCUACUGAUGAUUCACCUAAAUAUAACUAUUCGUCGAAAUAUAUGGGCAGAGAAGCUCUGUAUGAGUUUGAGUCGUGCAAAGGAAAGGUCGUGGCGAUUCGAAUGAAUAAACAGUUUGUGGACGAAGCCCAUUCUGGCAGCCUAUGCGGUCUGAUUCUAGAUCGUACCAGCUUCUAUGCAGAGCAGGGAGGCCAAAUCUACGAUACAGGUUUCAUGCAAGCAGUAUGCGCCGAUGAUGAUGUGGAGUUUGCCGUCAACGAAGUCCACCUUCAGGGAGGAUAUGUUGUGCACAUCGGCCGUAUUGUGGAAGGAACUGUAAAGGUUGGCGACGAGUUACGUUUGCUGAUUGACGAGAUGCGUCGCUUAUCAAUCAUGCGGAACCAUACUGGAACCCACGUCCUCAAUUACGCCUUGCGCAGGGUCUUGUCGGCAGAUGCUGAUCAGCGAGGCUCUCUUGUCGCCCCCGAGAGGAUGCGAUUCGAUUUUACCUCGAAUCGACCCAUGACCGCUGCCGAAAUCCGCCAGGCCGAAGAGGCCGCCUCUGAACUAAUAUGGAAGAAUGGCAAUGUGUUUGCCAAGGACAGCUCGCUGGCUCAGGCCAAGGCCGUUAAGGGGUUGCGUGCGGUGUUCAACGAAACGUAUCCAGAUCCCGUUCGGGUAGUAUCUAUCGGAGUACCUGUAGAUGAGUUGCUUGCCAAUCCGGAUCGAGGAGACGCCUUGAACACAUCCGUUGAGUUCUGCGGCGGAACCCAUCUCGUAAACGUCAGCCAUAUCGCCGAUUUCGUAAUUUCUCAGGAGGAGGCCAUUGCCAAGGGUAUUCGGCGAGUUGUCGCUCUUACUGGACUUGAAGCUGCUAAGGCAGUGAAACGUGCUGAGCUAUUCGAAGCUAAAGUGAAUUGCAUUAAAGAAGACCUCUCUAAGAACAAGUCUCUAGCGAAACGAAUUGCUGAACUGUCUGAGGAGAUUUCGCAGAGCACCAUUAGUUGCUGGCGCAAAGACGAUUUGCGAAACGAGCUCAAGAAGGUUAAGAAGGUUCUGGACGAUCAGGACAAGCAGAACAAGGCCGCUGCCCAAAUGGAAGCGCUUGAGGAGAUCAAGCGCGAACUAACUGAUCGUGGACGCGCGCCACAAUUUCUUGUCAAACAGUUGCAGGUCGGCAAUAACGCAAAGGCUUUGGACAUCGUUUUGAAACAGAUCCGUGCACUUGCACCGUCAGCAGCCGCUAUGCUGUUCUCUGUCGACGAAGAAAGAGGCCGAUUGAUUUGUCUAUGUGGUGUACCCAAGCAGGUAGUGGCUGACAAGGGGCUAUCAGCCGUCGAGUGGGUACGUCAGGUGGCUGAGGUUAUCGGUGGCAAGGGCGGUGGCAAGGAUGAAUCCGCCCAAGCAUCAGGCACUAACCCUCACGCCCUUAACAGAGCAAUGGAACUGGCCAAGGAGUUCGCGCGCCUGAAGUUCGUCUGAAUAAAUCUAUUGCGCAUCGCCACACUUACUGAUAUGCAUCGGCACUUAUUGGUGCUGAAAAGGAAAAUAGAGACAAUCUGUGAUCUGUAAGAACCAACUUUCCGAGUAUAACGUAACAUAUUGAAGUCCAUGUGAGGUCAUAACAUAGCGUAUCAGAUUACGGAGUGUUCCGUUUUUGAAAGAAAAUGCAGUACUUUGUGUUUACGUGUGCUAAUAGCAAUUAUGUUGCACAAUGGAUUUAGCUUCCCAUCAACGAAUAACGGUGCGUAAGGAGUACCAGUCGCUACUACAAAGUAACGAGGAAAUGAUCAGUGAGCGAACUGACGGCAGCCUUUAUUUCAUAGCUUAAAGAAAAAGAAAACUUCUCCAGCUCUGUUUGAACUUGUUUCGUUCUAUUUGUUUGCUUUUUUCUAUUAAAGUGCACACUACAAAGAUUCAUGUCCAGACUGAAUCCCAGAUACAAAUGGACAUUCCCAACACACAUUUUAGAUAGCACCACCAUAUGAAUAGUUACAGAAAGGUUCAAUAUUAAUCAUCAUUUGUUUGCUGAGGGUAAAUGAACAUUUUCACGCUUACCGUUAAUUGACAGUCCUGUAACCUCUACGAAACCCUUGUUCCCGCCAAUAGAUAUCAUAACUUAACUAAAGGAGCGAUCUAACCUUCUGUAGGUAUCCGGUAAGUAAAAACAUGACAGGUUAUCGAAAUGCUUAUAUAUUUAUGGCUAUUUUGUAUGGAGAGAGGAAGUUUAAUAAAAACAAUAUAUCCAACGAA